UGCAAAAGGAAUAAUAAAGGCUUAGUGGAUAAUCUCAAAAAGGUUUUUGUAUCAACAACAUUGCAAUCUUUUCGUUAUAGGCAGAGUGCACCUUUCGGUUCAGAGUUAUUUUUAUUUUAUUAGGUCUGAGCUAUUCAGUUGCUAUAGCAACCAGAUUGUAAACUAUAAAGACAAGUUAAAAUAAACAAUUUUAUGAUGGACCAAACAAUGCAGAUAAAAGAUGGACAAUAUACAAAAACGAUAUAUACAAUGAUAAAAGAAACCAGAUACGAUGAGGCAAUCAAGGCUUUAAACGAAGCUAUAAACUUUAGUCCGAACCGCGCGGGACUAUCUCUUCUCGGAUUCUGUUAUUUUAGAACCCAAUCUUUUGUUGAAGCAGCAAAUUGCUAUGAACAAUUAGCAGCCAUGCACCCUGAUGUCCCCGAGUACAAGCUGUACUUUGCUCAAGCUCUCCACGAAGCAACAAUGUAUGAUGAAUCUUACAAAGUCACUGUACAAAUAACUGCUCCAGAACUUGAAAGAAAAGUCAUUAAAUUGCAAUCUGCCAUUAAAUAUGGAGAAGAGGAUACAAUAACUGCGAAAGGCCUAGUUGAUUCUUACCCUCAAGAGGAUCCAGAUAAGGAUAUAAAUCUGGGAUGUCUUUUAUUCAAAGAAAACCAAUAUGAAGAGGCCUUACAAAAGUUUUCAAGGAGUCUCAACGUCGUAGGAUUCAAUGCGCAUCUUCAUUACAACAUAGCGUUAUGUUAUUUUAAACUAAAAGAGUAUCCUCAAGCAUUAAAACACAUAACUCUUGUCAUCGAAAGAGGCAUCCGCGAUCAUCCCGAGCUAGCUGUGGGUAUGCAAGCAGAAACAUCAGAAGUGAAGUCCGUCGGAAAUACGUUGACCUUACAUGAGACGGCACUCACUGAAGUGUUCAAUCUAAAGGCCGCUAUCGAGUUCCAAUUGAAGAACAUAGAAGCGGCGCGCGAAGCCCUCAACGACAUGCCACCGAGACAUGAACAUGAGUUAGAUGCGGUGACACUGCACAACAUAGCUCUCACCUCUAUAGAUAUCAAGCCUACAGAUGGCUUCGAAAAACUACAUUUCUUGCUCCAACAAGAUCCUUUUCCAGCAGAAACAUUCGCUAACCUUUUACUUCUGUAUUGUAAAUUUGAAUACUUUGAUCUAGCAGCUGAUGUUCUAGCCGAAAACGCCCAAUUUACAUACAAAUACUUGACCCCAUACCUAUAUGACUUUUUGGAUGCUAUAAUUACCAGCCAAACAUCACCUGAAGAAGCAUUCCAGAAAUAUGAAGAUAUAGCCUCUAAACAUGCGGAGCAGUUGAGGAAACUUACAAAAGUAGUUCAGGAGAGUCGGUCUCAAGGGGACAAUGACCAAGUGAAGAAAGCUGUGGUUGAAUACGAAGAGGCCUUGGAAAGAUACAUUCCAGUUGUUAUGGCUCAAGCUAAAAUCUACUGGGAUAUGGAAAACUAUGGACAGGUGGAAAAGAUUUUUCGCAAAUCGGUAGAAUUUUGCAAUGAAUCUGAUGUUUGGCGACUAAAUGUAGCUCAUGUGCUGUUUAUGCAAGAAAAUAAGUAUAAAGAAGCGGCCAGUUUCUACGAACCAAUUGUUAAGAAACAGUAUGAUAAUAUUUUAGAUGUAAGCGCAGUAGUUUUAGCUAAUCUCUGUGUAUCUUACAUAAUGACGUCACAAAACGAGGAAGCCGAAGAUAUUAUGAGGAAAAUUGAAAAAGAGGAAGAGCAACAAAUAUUCGAAGACCCCCAAAAGAAGUUUUAUCAUCUGUGCAUCGUGAACUUAGUAAUCGGCACGUUGUAUUGCGCGAAGGGGAACUACGAAUUUGGAAUAUCCCGAGUUAUAAAAUCCCUAGAGCCUUUUAAUAAGCGUCUAGGAACCGAUACGUGGUUCUAUGCCAAGCGUUGUUUUUUAUCAUUCCUGGAGAACUUAGCUAAGCACUUGAUUGUUGUUAAAGAUAACACUAUAAAGGACUGCUUGCAGUUCCUAGAAGGUUGCGAGACGUACGGGCGCCGCGUGAGCACCGUUAUCGAGAACCCAUUUCAAGAAGAGGACGCACAUAACAAGGCGAAGCAAACCGUCACUUACGAAGCACGACUCCUGCGAUACAUGUUCUACAAACUAAGGAAUAUCGACGACUCUGUUACUAUCAAUAAGUAUGAGGAUUUAAAAUAAACGCUUACCUGGAGGUAUCGGC